AGUCGGAGUGGAGAUGUGACAAUGGAAGCAGAUGUUGGAAUUAUAUGUUUUGAACAUGAAGAAAGUGAAGGAGAGCUGAGGAUUGCAGGCAGCUUCUGGGACCUGGAAAAGGAAAAGAACAGAUUCUCUCUUAGAAUCUCCAGACAGAAUCAGCCCUGCUGACACCUUAAUUUUAAGUCUCAAGAUGGAUAUUAGACUUCUUAUCUCCAGAACUAUAAAAGAUUUAUAUUUUAAGCCACUAAUCUUGUGCUAAUGUGCUAUAGCAGUAAUAGAAAAUUAAUACAAUAAGAAUAAUCCUUUCCCUUAGCUCUAGACCUAACCUGAGCCAUUUUUACUGGGAAGAGAUUAUUCUUUUUUUGUCCUGUUUAAAAAGUAAAAACUAUAAAGUUAACAGUACUCUCAGUUACCAGCUUUUCAAGAAUCCACAUGUGACUAUUUCUUUGAGUUAUAUUUUUUUCUUGUAUCUGUGAUCACCAGUCCCUUCCUGAUGUUCCUCCCAACAGGUCUACAUUUUAAUCGACUUGAUCUCUGUCUUUAGAAUGAAUUCUGUAUUAUGUAGCUACCAUAAUUUGCUUAUUCAUUCUUACUGAGUUGAAAACUACAAAUUCCAAAUGCCUGAUAGCAUAAAUAAUACUAUAAGUAUCAUGUUUGUAAAUGUGUUUUUGUAGAGUGAGAUUAUAGAGCUAUAAGUUAUAUGCUUAUUUCAUUCUAUAAACAUUGCCUACUUGUUUUUUAAUAUAUCUACAUAUGCCAAUUCUUAAUUUUAGUUCAUGAAGAUUCCUUCUUUCACCCUUAUCCUUAUAAUCAUUUGGUAUAGUUUGACCCUCUAAUUUUUAUCAAUUUGAUAUAUGAAAGUUUUAAUUUCUUGCUUUAGUUUUACUUUUUUCUGAUAACUAACAAAACUGAGGAUUUCUUGAUAAAUGUGCCUAUCAUUUAGUGGCCAUGGUGUGUAAAGGGAGCAUCCAAAAACCAGGUCUUGAGGGUAAAGAAGAUGGAAGGAUGUUAUGUCAUGACCUGGUUUCCAUGGUAAUUACUAAGUUUGAAAAAAACACAUACUGACCCUAAGAGAUGAGAUGUAAUCUGUGAUGGAUGGGAGGCAGAACGGAGCUGCUCCAGAAUUCAAACCCUGUACAGGAUCCAGGUCUUUCCAGGAGACACAGACUUGGGCCUGGGACAGAAGCCCACAGAGAGUGACCUUCAGAAUGGACAAGAACAGAACUCCUGACAAGGGCCAGGGUGGUAAAACCAAGGUUCAUCUCUUCUUCCUAACCAAGGGGGAAGUGAUGAGGAAGAGUGGCUAAAGAGAUGUCUCACUGCAAAAAUGCACUGGACUGUUCUCACUAGCCAAGGGAAAUUCAAUAAAUGUUAGAGUUGUAUGGAAUCAUGAAUGUUCUCAAUUCCAUACCUAAAUACCAACAUACACCUUACAUAUUACUUAUGUUUGUACAUAAGUUAAAUAAUAAUAACAAGAUAUAACAUUUACUAUUUUCUGAGACAAAGAUGGUUCUAAGCCGAAUCCUCUCAGGCACUGCUUUAUCCUCACUCUUAGGGAGAUUUAGUAAUGCAGUACGUCUAAAUGCAUAAAAUAACUUCCUUUGUUAAAUCCAAGUCAUUUAUCUUCUAGUUUUGAUAUCACAUGCAAGAUAUAAAAACUCAAGUUAAUGGUAGAGUUUCCAUUGAAUAAAAGGACUUGCCUUAGGCAAUGGGUUGUGACAGAUCUGCAGUUCUGUGCAUACUAGCUUAAUUCCUGGAAUACACUGAUGUUAUCAGUAGGUCAUAAAAUAUUGCUGAGUCCAUAGCAACAAUUUGUCCUAUAACAGCCCUGAUUAUGAACCGUGCACUAGUCAAUGAAACGAUAGCAUGUCUUCAGUGAUUUGUUGUUCUUGAAUGUACAAAUUUCAUUCUUUGUCAUAAUCAAUUGAUUCUCUAAGAGCUGUUUCAGGGAGCAAAGUGACUAAUUUGAGUAGCUCUCCAAAGUUUAAACAUGAAACAGAAACAAAAAAGAAAACACCUGGAAAGCACAUACUCCCCCUAUGCUUCAAAAACGUCAAGAGGAAAGCUGAAUUUACAAAAAGAUGCUCUGCAACAUAGAUACAAGGUGCUGCGCCCAACUCAGGACCACAAAGCUGAGGAAGCUUCUUCUUCUUCCUCAGACUACUUCUCUUGUAUCUCAUCUGAAGACGAGCUCACUGGUACUGUACAGACACGGUUACACCAUGUUGGCCAGGCUGGUCUCAAACUCCUGAACUCAAGUGAUCUGCCUGCCUCAGCCUCUCAAAGUGCUAGGAUUACAGGAAUGUUAGACUCAGGUGAAUACCCUCCACAGUCUGGAUUCUCUGGCUUGGCCCAAGGCCACAGGUAGACAGCAGAGAACUCCAACUGAGAAUACAUCUCCUGCGACUCCUGUGUAUACAAAUUCAUUCAUGAUGAAUUCUGGAAUUCUCAAGAGGCUGCUCCUGAGACCUGCGUGGUGGUCCCAGCAUGGAGUCACGCAGCAGGAGAGAAUCCCUCCGCCUCAGAGAAUUGUUCCAGUGUCUCCUCUGCAACUUCCAAUGUCCUGUUCUAAGUGACCGGUACAGAGAAGUUAAACAUAGACAAGCUACCAAGAGGUUGCAAAGACAGGCUCAUACUGCAAGAAAUAAAGAUCUUACAUGAAGGGAGGAGCCAAGAUGGCCGAAUAGGAACAGCUCCGGUCUACAGCUCCCAGCGUGAAUGACACAGAAGACGGGUGAUUUCUGCAUUUCCAUCUGAGGUACCGGGUUCAUCUCACUAGGGAGUGCCAGACAGUGGGCGCAGGUCAGUGGGUGCAUGCAGCGCGCCACGUGCAAGCCUAAGCAGGGCGAGGCAUUGUCUCACUCGCGAAGCACAAGGGAUCAGGGAGUUCCUUUCCUAGUCAAAGAAAGUGGUGACAGACGGCACCUGGAAAAUCGGGUCACUCCCACCCGGAUACUGCGCUUUUCCGACGGGCUAAAAAAACGGCGCACCAGAAGAUUAUAUCCCAUGCCUGGAUGGGAGGGUCCUACGCCCAUGGAGUCUCGCUGAUUGCUAGCACAGCAGUCUGAGAUCAAACUGCAAGGCGGUAGCAAGGCUGGGGGAGGGGCGCCCACCAUUGCCCAGGCUUGCUUAGGUAAACAAAGCAGCCAGGAAGCUUGAACUGGGUGGAGCCCACCACAGCUCAAGGAGGCCUGCCUGUCUCUGUAGGCUCCACCUCUGGGGGCAGGGCACAGACAAACAAAAAGACAGCAGCAACCUCUGCAGACUUAAAUGUCCCUGUCUGACAGCUUUGAAGAGAGCAGUGGUUCUCCCAGCACACAGCUGGAGAUCUGAGAACGGGCAGACUGCCUCCUCAAGUGGGUCCCUGACCCCUGACCCGCGAGCAGCCUAACUGGGAGGCACCCCCCAGCAGGGGCAGACUGACACCUCACAUGGCAGGGUACUCCAACAGACCUGCAGCUGAGGGUCCUGUCUGUUAGAAGGAAAACUAACAAACAGAAAGGACAUCCACACCAAAAACACAUCUGUACAUCACCAUCAUCAAAGACCAAAAGUAGAUAAAACCACAAAGAUGGGAAAAAAACAGAGCAGAAAAACUGGAAACUCUAAAAAGCAGAGCGCCUCUCCUCCUCCAAAGGAACGCAGUUCCUCACCAGCAAUGGAAUAAAGCUGGACGGAGAAUGACUUUGACGAGCUGAGAGAAGAAGGCUUCAGACGAUCAAAUUACUCCGAGCUAUGGGAGGACAUUCAAACAAAAGGCAAAGAAGUUGAAAACUUUGAAAAAAAUUUAGAAGAAUGUAUAACUAGAAUAACCAAUACAGAGAAGUGCUUAAAGGAGCUGAUGGAGCUGAAAACCAAGGCUCGAGAACUAUGUGAAGAAGGCAGAAGCCUCAGGAGCCGAUGCGAUCAACUGGAAGAAAGGGUAUCAGUGAUGGAAGAUGAAAUGAAGUGAGAAGGGAAGUUUAGAG